AUGGCUCGUACGGAAAUUAAAGGCAAGUUCAUCGUGGAGUUAGCAAAGUUCGUGUUCGGUUUAGCCGCCGGAUCACAGUAUCUCCUUCCCGGUGCCGAUAAGGCGCGCUUCUUCAAGCUUGAUCCGAACAAAAAGGGGUUUGAUCCAGCUUAUUUGUCAAUCGGCUGGAUGGUUGCUAAUCUGAUCGCGUGGUUGAUUUCAGUAGUCGUUAUCUCGAUCGAAGUUGUCAUUGAGACCGGAGGCGCAAUCGGCAAUGUGUCAGUUGCGAACAAGAACAAAUGGCGCAGAUCUGGUUUAUUCAUGGAUUUCUUGUCCUGGAACUUUUAUCUGAUUGGCUUUGGAUUAAAUGUGGCCUUCAAUUCGUACUCUCAAUCAGGUUUUGGAUUCCUCGUCCUCGUCGCAAUGUAUGCAUAG